AAAACCCACCAAAUUCAAGAAGCCGUCCAGAUGAAUUCGAGCAUCAAAACAAAAAUAUCUAACAUUCAGGCCCUUUUUUCUGGUGGAGAAUUUUGGGCCUCACCAAUUGUCUGGUUAAGAUUCAUCCAACUUCAAAUCUCCCAUAGCUCUCCUUUCCUCAUUUCCCUCACAUCCUCCCCUUCACCCUCCUUCUAAUCUGCAGGUUCCUCAGAUACCCAUUUCAAGUCGACUCACAACGAGGGGGUCGACUUUGAUUGGUGUAUUUUCUCUGGUUUUAGCUUUCUAAAACGAUGGUGGGAGCUUUAUCCAUCGUGGGUUCAUCAGCGGUGGACUCUCAUACUUCCCCAUGUUUGUGUUUAGAUGCUUUGCCCACAACGAGCAGUUCAAUGGGUCGAAAGCGUUUGCCGAAACCAAAGCACUUGUAUCUAAGCAGCUCGUUCGUAGAUAGUGGCCGGGAGUGGCUGCUCUCGGCGGAUAGGAUAAACAGGAGCUCAAGGAAGCAGCACAAGAACAGAAGACUUAUAGUUGUUGAUGAACUUGGGGGGCAAUAUGAAGAUACCUUUGACGAUGUUAAACUGCAAAUACUUAAUUAUUUUACAUACAAGGCUGUGAGGACUGUUAUGAACCAGCUCUAUGAAAUGAACCCCCCACAGUACAGGUGGCUUUAUGAUUUUCUGUUAUCUAACAAGCCAUCAGAUGGAAAACAUUUCAUGCGCACUCUUGUAAAGGAAAAGCAAGAUCUUGCUGAAAGAGUAAUGAUCACACGUCUCCACCUAUAUGGAAAAUGGGUGAAGAAAUGUAACCAUGCUGAAAUAUACCAAGAGAUCUCGGACGAAAACGUAGAAUUAAUGCGUGAGCGACUUAUGCAGACUGUUAUAUGGCCUUCAGAUGACACAAACACAGAGAAGCUUGGCUAAGGAAGUAUGGGUAAUUUUGAGUUCACUCUCCCUUGUCAAUUCUUCUUGUAUUGCAUCCUUCAAUCGUGAUUAGUUUGAUUGUUGAGUUGCCGAUUGUAUUUUUAGUUCAGUGAGGCAGUCUUUUUUUAGUUGAAGAUAUGUAAGCAAUUAAUCUUUAUAUUAUGUAGAAAAGUUUAUAUAUUCAGACUCCAUUUCGGUUAUUCUGAUGGUGUAGUGUAGGGCUGGGAUUUUCUCAGAACUUGUGCUUCUAUAAAUCAUGCAUAUUGGGAUGAGAUGG